AUGUCUGAUCCUGUUGUUGUUUCAUUAAAUGAUUUGAAAACUGGUAUAUCAGAUGAAAUUUUAACAAAAGCAUUUGGACCAGAUUCAUUAGGUAUAAUAGUAGUUAAAGACUUACCAGAAGAAUAUUUACAAUUACGUUUAGAUGUUCUAAAAUCAAUUAGUACAUUGGCAAAUUUACCCGAGGCUGAUUUAGGAAAAUUGGAAAAUCCCGAUAGUUUAUGGUUGACUGGUUGGUCAUUAGGUAAAGAAAAGUUGGUUAAUAGUAAUUAUGAUUUUAAUAAAGGGUCAUAUUAUAUAAAUUGUGCAUUUCAUAAUGAUCCAAAUUUGGAGGGCCCAACAAAGGAAUUGGUUGAUAAAUUUCCAAAUUAUCCAACUUAUACCCAUCCAAAUAUAUGGCCAGAUUUAGAAACCUUUGAAUUAGAUACGAAACGACUUUGCAAUUUGAUUAUUGAUGUUGCUGAACAUGUUGCUAUUAAUUGUGAUAAAUAUAUUGGUAAAAUUUAUUCGGAUUAUGAACCGGGGUUUCUUAAAAGGAUAGUUAAGGAGUCAACAUGUACCAAAGCUAGAUUAUUACAUUAUUUCCCAGUUAAAGAUGAUGCAGAUUCUUGGUGUGGAGAACAUUUGGAUCAUUCUUGUUUAACAGGUUUAACAUCAGCAUUGUUUUUAGAUGAAUCAAAAUCAUUAUUACACAACUUAGACAAAUCACCAGACCCCGAAAGUGGAUUAUAUAUCAAGAAUAGACAAGGAGAAACUAUUAAAGUCAACAUCCCAUCAAAUUGUUUAGCAUUUCAAUCUGGUUCGGCAUUGGAAGAAAUUUCAAAACGUAAAUUUAAAGCCGUACCUCAUUUUGUAAAAGGUACAAAUUUACCAAAUAUUGCAAGAAAUACUCUAGCUGUAUUUUGUCAACGAAAUUUAGAUGAACAAAUCGAUGAUAAUGAAAAUUUUGCUCAAUAUUCUGAUCGUAUAUUAAAAAAUAACCAUUGA